AAGUCACUCCUUUCCUUCUUUUCCAAUAUGUCGGUUUUCGGGCCGGUUGUGAAGGUUCAUCCCGUCGUCCUCGCCUCCAUUUGCGACUCGUACGAGCGACGAAAUGAGGGAGCGAGUCGCGUGAUUGGCACCCUGUUGGGUACCAUCGACAAGCACUCGAUCGAGGUGACCAACUGCUUCUCUGUGCCCCACAAUGAGUCUGAAGACGAGGUCGCCGUUGACAUGGAGUUUGCCAAAAACAUGUACGAGCUACACAAGCGUGUCUCGCCCAGCGAGGUCAUCAUCGGCUGGUACGCCACAGGCUUCGAUAUCACUGAGCACUCUGUGCUCAUCCACGAGUACUACAGCCGCGAGGCAACCAACCCCAUCCACCUGACCGCUGACACAGCCCUGCAGAGCGGCAAGAUGAACAUUCGUGCCUACGUCAGUGCACAGAUGGGCGUGCCCGGGAAGACGGUCGGCGUGAUGUUUACUCCACUCACAGUCAAAUACGUCUACUAUGACACAGAGAGGAUAGGAGUGGACCUUUUGCAGAGGACACGCCUCACUACUAGUCGCGCCAAGGGCCUGACGUCGGACCUCUCCCAGGUGGCCGGCUCUGCUGCACGCGUUCAGGACAUGCUGACCACCGUGCUAGCAUACAUCGAGGAUGUGCUGUCUGGCAAGGUGACGGCAGACAACAGCGUGGGCCGCUUCCUGAUGGACCUGGUCAACAAGGUACCGACCAUCUCAGCGGAGGACUUUGAGAAUAUGAUCAACUCCAACAUCAACGACCUCUUGAUGGUGACGUACCUGUCCAACCUCACCCAAGCACAGAUCGCCCUUAACGAGAAGCUGGUGCUGCUCUGAGGCGCUAUUUAAUUUUUGGUUACAAGUUGCCCUUUUCUGAGAUGAAUAAAAGCUACAUAUUCCCAGAGUCCAUCCCCUCCUUGAAGCAGCUUGUGGUGUCAUUUGAUCACUGAUUUGACUUUCUAGGCACAUUUGUGAUACAGUACUCCAGGAAACAAACGGAUAGCAACACAAUUUAUCUGUAAAACCUGGUAUAAAUGUAGUCACGAUGGGAAUCAAUGACACCAUGAUCUCAAUAUCAUGCUGAAGUGACAACUGAUUUGAAGGUGCUCGAGUACUGUACAUAUUUGGUUUUAAUUUGGACUGUAUUGUUAGUUUGCAAUAUUGAUACUACAGUGAUAAUUGAUACAUUUGAAAUAAAAUCUAAAGUUGGUCAGUGUA